CUUUUUUAUUUCUGUGGUUAUGUGGGAAAAACGUCAACACCACAGGCAACCACUUGUGUAGAUGGCGGUAAAGAGCCGAACAUUUCUAUUAGGGCCUAGAAAUACUGGUAUUUCUUCGCAUAAGAGAAUAUGGAGAGUUAAAAUGAUCGUGAACGACAAGAUUGUUGUCGUAGGCCAAACCACAAUGCGGCGAAGUGAUAAAAUCUACAAUGACAUGUAUCUGCGGAAACUUCAAUUUCUGCUGGAGGUUGGCUAUAGAACCGCAUCAUUAUAUCGACCAAGCAUGAAUUUUUGUGUCGUUUUUCCGUCUAGUGCAGCCCAUUAGAAUUUACAAACGGUUUGCUGAGAAACGAAGGUGGCAUUAACAUAUUUUUUUCACAUAUGUUACGCCCAUAUGUCAGUUUGUUUGGCCCGUCCCCUUUUGUUGUAGAAACACAAUAGACAACAAACAAAGAAACAUUUGAGGAUACAAUAUCUGAUAUGGGAUGCGAACAACUUCUAAUAUUCGCAUUCUCAAUUGAGUUGUGGCCAAUAGUUAUGAGCUCUUAUAAGCAAUACUAUAGGAUAUUACGCGGGUAACUGUACUGCGUGCUGUACGUGGACCAGGGAAGCAUCAUGGCACAGGAAAAAUCGAACGACAGUAAACCUGGAAACAGUCUUCUGAUUAGUGCAGUAAAAAUGUCAGUGUUAGCAGUGCUUCAUAUAGCAUCGUGGGCGUCGUGCGUUGUUUUGGGGUCGUCGGUACUUUGGAUUCGAAUACAAGAAGAUUUACAGGCAACAUUUUUUGGCAUUGCUGGUGUUUCUAUAUGGUGUUCAGUCCCUUUCAUAGUUACGGGAAUAAAUUGCAUCGCCACGAGUAAAUCUCAAACGAUACGAAGCAUUUCUUGGCUCGUGCUGUGGGCAACAAUCAGUACUAUCUUCGCAUUUGUUUUAUUGAUCUACUCGACCUUUGCAAUUGCGUUUGAGGCACCGCUGGCAUCCAAUCGACACCAAAAGUUGAUUAUCGCCGCUAUUACAGCAUUUAUUUCAUUUCUUGAACUAAUAGCAUCCGUGACGUCAUUCCUUCUUGGUCAUCACGUGAUUGGAUGGAAUUGCAGUUUUUCGUCCAAGGUAGGGCCGAAAAUGCGCGCAGUCAACGGCAAUAUUCGUUCCGCCAGACUGGACGGGAUCGGAGACUCAGAAGUCGGUCUCGUCACAGUAAUGGCUUUGCCACCUCGGGAGGCGGCGGAGUUGUUUCUUGCAAUGUACAGGCCGUUUCUUGGCAAUAAUUUCCAAGCAGGUAUGCAGCCUGCUGGUGGUGACUUUCUUUCUGCAGAACCUCAAGGAGUACCUUAUGAUAAUUUUCCCAGCGAACGGAGACAGCACCAUUCCCAUGCCGAUGAAAGACGGCGAAGAAGGAAACAUCAUAAACGACAGCAAGGAAUCAGGCAGGAACCAUCUGACGCUGAGAUCAUACUUAAUGCUGGUUUUAUUCCGGAGGGAAGUGGGUCAAAUAAUGAAGAAAACGACAGCGCACAGGAGAUGCAGACGCAUGAAAAAGUGAGCAAAAACAGUUCCGAACGAAGAGACGGACUGCCUUCAAAAAAAAAAGGGGCUAGCAGCGGAGAUUACGGAGACAUUCAAGCGCAAGAAGUUGCUAAACAUUCAUGACCAAGAGAAAACUAAGCAUACUUUCUUGUUUUGUAAUUUGACAGCUAUUUUUUACCGUUAAUAUAAGAUUAUAUUUUUAUUGGGCAAAAACGGGGAAUAAAUAAAUGG